AUGAAUUCAUAUAAAGAUUGUAACAAUGCAGUAGAUGAAAAAAAAUAUUUGGACGAAUGUAUUUUUGUUGUUAAGGAGCAAAGCUUCUAUAUGAAACAGGCACUGGAAAAUGGAUCCCUCCGAGAUACACUGAAACACGCAUCAAACAUGCUGUGCGAAUUGAGAACAUCGCAUUUAUCGCCCAAACAUUAUUAUGAACUGUACAUGUUAAUAUUUAACGAAUUGCAACAUUUAGAUAAUUUCUUAAGUGAUAAAAAGAAGCACAAGAAAAAAUUCAUUGAUAUAUAUGAGAGUGUUCAACAUGCGGGAAAUAUCAUUCCGCGUUUAUAUUUAUUAAUAAUAGUGGGUAGAAAUUAUAUUAAGAAUAAAGAUAUAAAAGCGAAAUAUAUAUUAAAAGAUAUGACUGAGUUAUGUAAAGGUAUUCAACAUCCUUUGAGAGGACUAUUUUUGAGGUAUUUCUUAAUCCAGAUGUGUAAAGAUAGAAUCCCAGAUACAGGUAGCGAAUAUGAAGAAGCAGGUGGUGGAAAUAUUGAUGAUGCAUUUGAAUUCUUAUUAACAAAUUUUUAUGAAAGUUUAAAGUUAUGGAGUAGGAUGAAUGAUAAAAUAAUAAAAAUACCCAGUAUGCAAGAGGAACAAAUCGUUAAUAAUAGAGUAAAAGUGUUAAAAGAAAAAAUGGAUGUAAAGAUGUUAGUGGGUUCAAUAUUAGUACGAAUGUCACAAUUAGAAGGUAUGACCAAGCAAUAUUAUUUAGAAAAAUGUUUACCAAAGUUGUUAUUAUAUUUAUCUAAUAUUAAUGAUUCACUUAUACAACAAUAUAUAUUUGAAUCAAUCGUUCAAGUAUUUAGUGAUGAGUGUCAUAUUUACAGUUUAGAAAUUUUAUUAAAUGCUAUAUUGAAGAUAAAUACUUCACUAGAUUUUAAAAGUAUACUUAUUACUUUAUUAAAAAGGUUGAGGUAUUUUAUUGAAUCAAACAAAUAUGAGUUACCAAAAGAGAUAGACAUAUUUCAUUUAUUUUAUGAUCAUUUAGUACUGUACGUUAAUAGAACAUUGGACUACAAUGGGAAAACAGCGUACAACGCAAAUUUUGAUGGUACAAACAAAUAUAAAACUAGUAAUUUGGACUAUAGCGAAACAUAUAGAAAUGCAGAAAAGGUUGUACUUACGAAUAACGGAAGCAGCGAUGCGAGAAAUAACUAUGCGAAUAAUAACUAUGCGAGUAAUAACUGUGCGAGUAAUAACUGUGCGAGUAAUAACUGUGCGAGUAAUAACUGUGCGAGUAAUAACUGUGCGAGUAAUAACUGUGCGCGUAAUAACUGUGCGAGUAAUAACUGUGCGAGUAAUAACUAUGCGAGUAAUAACUAUGCGAGUCAUGAUGUGAAUAAAGAUGGAAAUAAUGAUGGGAAUACUAAUAAUAGUACCAAUUUUAUUGAGUCCACAAAUGAUCAAAUAAGCAGUGAAACUCUGGGAUAUUACGACUCAACUGAGCAGCCAUCACAUGUAAGCAGUAAUGGAAAGAAUAAUAAAAGCAGUUUGAACAACACGAAUAACACGAAUAAGCAGUAUAACUGCAACUAUGAUAACAACCACAGUUAUAACAAAAACAUUUACAAGAACAACUGUAGUAGCAACAGUAAUAACAGAAAUGAAGACGAAUAUGUGCAAAAUGUAGUAAAAAUACUGCAGGUUAUUUAUGAGUUUAUAUUUUUAUGUAUACGCCUUUAUGACGAUGUAACUAUAAGCAAACUGUUUGUAUUACCAUAUACCAUUGUUUCUAAUGUUAACCUUAACAACGACAUGAUCUGUGAACAAGUUAUCAGCAUUAUUGUGCUACCUUUUAAUUAUUUAGGAUUAAAUGCCUUGAAAGGAAAAAACAUGCAAGUGUUGUUAAGUAAUAUCAUUGAUAAACAUAAAAAAAAAUUAAGCCUCAAUAUUAUAGAUGCAAUAAUAGAAUGCAGAAAUAAAACUGUAAUGUAUGAAAAUGUUGAAGAAAUAUUAAAAUAUAUAUCAUCUAUAUUUCAUGAGAAAGUGAAUAAAAAUGAAGACAUAUUUAAUUUAGAAAAUAAUUCUAUAACAUACAUAUCAGAAAAAAUAUGCAAAUUUUUUCAUAUCAUAACCAACACAAAUGAUAUAGAUCAAAAAUAUAAUAUAUGCAUGUUGUUUUAUAAAUAUAUUGAAAAUAGCUCUUAUAUAGUGCACCUGCUACCGACAGUCGUGUUUACCUUGUUGCACAUAGUCACUGCAAUAAUUAAUAUAGAAGCGGGGAACAGUAAAAAUAGCAAUAAUGUUAACAAUAAUAGGAAUAGUGGUAGUGUUAAUAAUAAGGGUGCUAAUAAUAGCAAUAAUAAUGAUCGUAAUAACGAUCGUAAUAACGAUCGUAAUAACGAUAGCAAUAACGAUAGCAAUAACGAUAGUGGUAGUAACUUCUUUUUGGAAAAAAAAGAAGACACAUAUGAUGAGGCAUCCUAUGACAAAGACAGAAUCGCUCCGUUAGUGGAAUACCACAAUGAUAGCGUUGACGAAAAAGUAAUUAGCAAGUACAACAUGUAUGUAAAAAAUAUAUUUAAAUUCAUUCACACAAAUUUGCAGGAAGUAGCUAGUCAAAUCCCAGUGCUUACGUUCAAACUGUUUUUACACAGUGCUGUAGUAGUAAACAAUUACUAUUACUUUGUACAAACACACUCCUUUAUCUCUUUUGAUAAUUUAGAAGCAAUAUGUUAUGAAUUUAUUACACAACCUCUUAUCAUUUAUGAAGAAGAUAUUAACAUGUCAUCUCAACAAUUUGAGUGUAUUAUAUGGAUUGUUGGUAUAUUAUGUUCCUAUAUCACAAUAUUAGAAAAUGAAAAUUAUGAUAAUAUUGCAUUAAAAUUAACACAACAUGCAAAUAAACUGUUAAAAAAAAAAGAUCAAUGCUUAGGAGUUUUAAAAUGCUCUCAUUUAUAUUGGGAAAAUAAAAAAUAUAGAAAUAGCACAAAAGUUCUUGAAUGUUUACAAAAAAGUGUAAAAAAUGCAGAAAUAGCUAUGCAGUCAAAUAAUGAUAAUAUAAUUCUUUAUGUUUAUAUGCUACAAAAAUAUGUGUAUUAUUAUGAAGCUGAAAAUAUCGAAAUUACAGAAGAAAGUUUAAAUUAUUUAAUUCAUAUUUGCCAAGAGUAUUGCACUAAAUCCAGUAGUAAUAAUAAUAACUCCCCCUUUAAGCAAGAAUUUAUACAAACUAUUAAAUACAUACAAGAGAAAAAAAAAAAUUCGAACACCUUUGCAAAGAUAAACGUAAAUGCGGUUCCUUUACGGGUGGAGUAG